GAGAACGGAAAGCUUAGCAAUGGCGAGUGAGCAAGACAUGAGCAGCUGGACCGAUCUUCUCCACUCUUCCUCCAAGCUUCUCGAGCAAGCUGCUCCUUCUGCUCAGUUUCCUCCUCUCCAGAGAAACUUGGAUCAAUUAGAAGCACUAUCAAAGAAACUCAAGGCAAAAACCUUAAGAACUGAGGCUCCUUCCCAAUCUAUUGCUGCCACACGGUUACUUGCACGUGAGGGAAUCAAUGCUGAGCAGCUUACACGCGAUCUGAAGUCUUUUGAAUUGAAGACCACGUUUGAGGAUGUUUUCCCUGCUGAAGCAACAAGUGUUGAGGAGUAUCUGCAGCAGGUUCAUGAGAUGGCAAUGGUUUCGGCCAUCCAAGAAGCUCAAAAAGAUAACCUCCGAAGUUUUAAUGAUUAUAUGAUGAAAGUGUUGGAGGAAGACUGGCAAAAAGAAAAACGUGACUUCUUACAGAGCUUGAACAGGAUUUCAACAUUGCCUAAGGCUAACAUGAUUGAUAAAAGCAUUAGUGGUUCUCAUUCUGCGCAAAUAGUUUCCAUGGCUUCUAGUUCUCUGGUUUCAUCAGGUCCUUCUGGCAUGGAGCUUGUACCUUUAGCUAGCAAGCCAGUUGUCGAGAAAAAAAUGUCAGUAUAUGCUGAAGUUGUUAGAAAUUUGAACAAUGCAAGACAAAAGGGCUUGCCAUAUAAACCUGCCACAGCUUUUAAGGCUGCUUAUGAGAGUUUGGGUACUGAAGCAUCUGGUGGCAAAUCAGUUAACAUGCAGAAAAUGUGGCAUCUUAUUCAGGCAUUAAUGGGUGAGGAUUCAACAAUGCAACGGAGUGUCUCAAGAAAGAUGUCAUUAGUAAUUGGUGCGAGGAAUCACCUGGAAUGGGGACAUGAGAAAUACAUUAUGGAUACAUUACAAAGCCAUCCUGCGCAAGCUGCUCUUGGUGGAGCUGUUGGAAAUUUGCAUAGAGUUCGUGCCUUUCUCCGGAUUCGUUUGAGGGAUUAUGGAAUUUUGGAUUUUGAUGCUGGUGAUGCUCAAAGGCAGCCUCCUGUUGAUACUACUUGGCAACAGAUUUACUUUUGCUUGAGGUCUGGUUAUUAUGAUGAAGCAAGACAAAUUGCCCUCUCGUCCCGUGCAUCUCAUCAGUUUGCUCCACUGCUUACGGAGUGGAUUAACAAUGGAGGCAUGGUUCCAGCGGAUAUUGCAGUUGCUGCUGCAGAAGAGUGUGAAAAAAUGUUCAGAAUGGGCGAUCGGGUUGGUCGGGCUGCAUAUGAUAAGAAAAAAAUGUUGCUCUAUGCUAUCAUAUCUGGUUCUCGCAGGCAUAUUGACCGUCUCCUCAGAGAGCUACCGUCGCUUUUUAGUACUAUAGAGGAUUUCCUGUGGUUCAUAUUGGCUGCAGUACGUGACCUUCCUGGUGGAACCUCGUCAGUCAUUAUGAAUGAGGGUUUAUUACCAUACAGUCUGGAUGAUUUGCAAGCUUACCUAAACAAAUUCGAGCCAUCAUAUUACACAAAAAAUGGAAAGGACCCUCUAGUAUACCCGUAUGUCUUGCUUUUAAGUAUCCAGUUGAUAUCAGCUAUUUUGUAUUUGUCAAAAGUAGGUGAUGAAGAAUACAACAUUGAUGCUGUCCACAUAGCAAUUGUGCUAGCAGACAAUGGUGUCCUCUCUGAUGGUGCUGGAGCUGGGCAAAAACCUGGGGUGAUGGAUGUUUACGCCGAAGCAUCCAGCAUUAUUAAGCAGUAUGGCUCUAUGCACCUACGGAUUGGUAACCUCGAAAUGACUCUAGAAUAUUAUGCGCUAGCUGCUGCUGCAGUGGGCGGUGGGCAUGUGUCAUGGACUGGGAGAGGCAGUAUGGAUCAGCAAAGGCAGAGGAACUUAAUGCUGAAGCAGCUUCUUACUGAGCUAUUGUUACGAGAUGGUGGGAUCUAUUUUUUACUUGGUUCAAGAGGUGCUGGAGAGGAAGGUGAACUGGGGCGAUUUUUGACUGAUCAUAAAUCAAGACAACAGUUUCUACUUGAAGCUGCACACCAGUGUCAAGAGGCAGGGCUGUAUGACAAAUCUAUAGAGAUUCAGAAGAGAAUUGGGGCAUUUUCUAUGGCGUUGGAUACAAUAAAUAAGUGCCUAUCCGAAGCAAUUUGUGCUCUAACGCGUGGUAGAUUGGAUGGCGAGAGUCGAACUGCGGGUCUCAUUCAUUCUGGAAAUGAGAUCUUGGAGACUUUCAAAUAUUAUCCUGAAGUCAGUCUUCAAGAGAGGGAAAAUGUUUUGGAGCAGCAAACUGUAUUGCGGCAGCUUGAGGCAAUACUAUCUAUCCACAAGUUGACAAGACUGGGCCAGUACCUUGAUGCUCUAAGGGAAGUUGCCAGGCUUCCAUUCCUUCCAUUGUAUCCACGAGCACCCGAUAUUACUCCUGAUGUGUUUCAGAAUUUGUCCCAUCAUGUCCAAGCUUGUGUGCCGGACUUGCUAAAGGUCGCUCUAACUUGUUUGGACAAUGUGACCGAUACAGAUGGGUCACUUCGUGCGAUGAGAUCAAAGAUUGCAACCUUCCUUGCUAAUAAUCUGCAUCAGAAUUGGCCACGUGAUUUAUACGAAAAGGUUGCAAGAAGCUUGUAAAACGAAUUGCUGGUGGUGCCGUUGGGCCAUUUGCAUGAUGCGGAGGCUGGAGAUGGCCAGAACUUGCUUAUCUGUGAGAUAUUUGUUCCAUUUUUAACGAGUUGAGUUGAUAUUUGAGUCAAUUUUAGUAUAGCCUACGAAUUUAACCGUGUCUUGUAUGUGCAUUUAUGUUGUUAGUGUAUUGUAAUGUACACGCAUGCCGGUAGAAUCUCAUAAAAUCAACAAAUGUCGGUUUUAAUUAUUUAGUUUGCUCAGAGUAACCAUAAUUUUCAUAUUUGAACAUAAUUUCAAGAACAUUGAAUGUCUAUCAAGUAUCAAGCUCGUGUAA